GUGGCCGGCCGCCGUUCGCCGCGCUUAUAGCGGGGUGCCCGCGGCACGGCCCUGUCUUUGUGGGCAGAGCGCAGCGCAGCCGGGCGGCUCCGAGCGCUCCCGAGCGCCGGCAGCCGGGCCGCCGCAGCCCGCCCGCCCAGCCCGCCCCAUGCCGGGGCUGUAGGUCGGCGCCGAGCCUGCCUGCCGGCGGUGGGUGGCGGAGCGAGCGGCCGGAGGCCCUCGGCGCCUCCUCGCCUCGCGCUUUAUUUUUCGUACGGUCCUUUAUUUUUCUACGCUUCGCUGUACACCAUGGUGCUGGGGAAGGUGAAGAGCUUGACGAUAAGCUUCGACUGUCUGAACGACAGCAAUGUCCCCGUGUACUCCAGCGGGGACACGGUCUCAGGAAGGGUCAACCUAGAAGUGACAGGGGAGAUCCGAGUUAAGUCGCUGAAGAUCCACGCGCGGGGGCACGCCAAGGUGCGCUGGACGGAGUCGCGGAACGCCGGCUCCAACACCGCCUACACGCAGAACUACACCGAGGAGGUCGAGUACUUCAACCACAAGGACGUCCUCAUCGGCCAGGAGAGAGAUGAUGACAACUCUGAGGAAGGCCUUCACACAAUCCAGUCGGGAAGGCACGAAUAUGCAUUCAGCUUCGAGCUUCCACAGACACCACUUGCUACCUCAUUCGAAGGCAGACAUGGCAGUGUGCGCUAUUGGGUGAAAGCCGAAUUGCAUAGGCCUUGGCUUCUACCAGUAAAAUUAAAGAAGGAAUUUACAGUCUUUGAACAUAUAGAUAUCAACACUCCUUCAUUACUGUCACCCCAAGCAGGCACAAAAGAAAAGACUCUCUGUUGUUGGUUUUGUACCUCAGGCCCAAUAUCCUUAAGUGCCAAAAUUGAAAGGAAGGGCUACACCCCAGGUGAAUCAAUUCAGAUUUUUGCUGAGAUUGAGAACUGCUCUUCCCGUAUGGUGGUGCCAAAGGCAGCCAUUUACCAAACACAGGCAUUUUAUGCCAAGGGGAAAAUGAAGGAAGUCAAACAGCUUGUUGCCAACCUGCGUGGAGAAUCCUUGUCAUCUGGCAAAACAGAAACCUGGAACGGCAAAGUGUUGAAGAUUCCACCUGUUUCCCCUUCAAUCCUUGACUGUAGUAUAAUCCGCGUGGAGUAUUCACUGAUGGUCUAUGUUGAUAUUCCAGGAGCCAUGGAUUUAUUCCUUAACUUACCACUGGUCAUUGGUACCAUUCCUCUACACCCAUUUGGUAGCAGAACAUCAAGUGUGAGCAGCCAGUGUAGCAUGAACAUGAAUUGGCUUGGGCUGACACUGCCGGAAAGACCAGAAGCACCUCCUAGCUAUGCAGAAGUGGUCACGGAGGAGCAAAGACAGUCCAGCCUUGCACCCUUAGCUGCUUGUGAUGACUUUGAGAGAGCUCUGCAAGGGCCAUUAUUUGCAUACAUCCAGGAGUUCCGUUUUCUGCCUCCACCCCUCUAUUCAGAAAUUGAUCCAAACCCAGAUCAGCCCACAGAUGACAGACCAUCUUGCCCCUCUCGUUGAAGGAAUCCAUAAAAAAGCUGACGUGACUUGGGUUUUGAAUCGUACCUGCCAUGUUGAAGGUCAAGGAGUCAUAGUGGAGAUGCUUUCGAAGGAAGUGGUUUUGCUCUUGCCUGUAUGGUGAAUAAAUGAAAACAACCUGUGAUUAUGCUUUGAAGCCUACAAUAACAUUGUAGGACUGCUCCACAUGCUUGAAGACCUGAGCUUCCCCCCCUCCCCUUUAAAUACUGGCACAUACUAGGAGCAGCCUUACUAACCUACAGUCAUGUGUGUCAAAACACUCAAACCACAUUGUAAGAGAGGGAUGGCUUUCUCUUAUGAUUUUGAAAAUUUGCACAUGCUCAUUGCUUAUGUUGUGCGGUUCAGUGUCACUACAGCUUUUUCUCAUUUAUGCCGCACUGUUGUUACCCCCCUCUUACUUGUUUGUGGUCUGCACAACAAGGAGCAAAAGAAAGCUUUGAAAAAAAAAAAAAAACAGCAGCAGACUUCAACAAAUGCACUGACUUUUUCUUUUCUAAUUUAAUGUAGCCUGGACUUUACCUGCAUAUGCACAUGCUCAGAAUUGUCCUAGUAGGCUGGUCAUGUAUCACCUCUUCAGCUUGGAUCCUGUUGUGGAUUUAUUUACAAACAUCAAAUGCCUUCAAGCCAAUCCUUCUUGCUGUAUGUUUUGCAGCCUACUGUAGUAGAUAAGCAACAGAAAUGGGGAUAUUAUAGGGUUUGGGGAUGGAGAGAUACCAGAAGGAAACUAAUAGACUUUGUUGAGAUUAUAUUCCUUCUUGAUUUCUUUUAAGAAUUUGUUGCCUUUCUACUAUUACCGCAAAGCAGCAUUUUGUUACAGACUGCCUAAAAAUCACUUAAUCUCAGGUGAACUCAUCACUUGCCAAACUGUUGGAAUGCUAUUUGUUUUGUUACAUUGCACUGUUGAAUUACUUCUUCUUUGUUUUGUGUUUGUGUUUUGUUUUUGUUCUAUAUUUGAGAGGGGGAUCUGCAAUAGGGACAUACACAAAAGUUACAAAAGCCACCCUCAUUCCCUUUUCUUUCUACAUUACGAAGAAGAUGUUCAAGUUGUGAAGCUUUAAAAAAAAAAAACAAAGGCACAAGUAAAAGCAGCACCCGUAGACACCAGCUCAGCCUCGAAUGACUUCUGAAAGGAAAUAGGCAAAUGCUGUCCAGGAUUCAUAGGCAGAGAGAUACUUCAACUAGUAGGGAUGGGAAGGGAAAGUAAAUUUAUUUUUAUACAUAGUUACCUAAUCACCAAAAAUUCUGUAUAUAAUGAGGCUCUAGUAGAAAGUAUGUUUCAAUUGCAGGAAAAGCUUGGACUAUGCUAAGAGCUCAGUUUGUGCACUUUGUACUGUCUUCAGGGUUUAUGAUACUGUAAAAAUAGAGUAGAAGUAUAACUAAAGUGGGGAAAGAAGAUCAGUGUUACCAGCCAUACUUGGGUAUUAGUUAGCUGAAGAUUGCUUCAAUGAUUGCAUCCGCUAUGUGACUUAAGAGCUUUAAAACGAAAAACAGCAAAUUCCAGCAUGCAUUCGUUCAGAACGUGAGAAAUGACAAAGGUAGAGCACUCGCCCCUGAGUGCGCCCCAAGGAAGAAGAAAGUGCAGUGGAGCCAUGAGAUCUGCUAACACAAAUACCAGCGCUUAGAUGCUAGAGAUUCAUACAAGCCAACUUCCCUUUUCAGAACUUGUAGCGCAGGCUGUUGACAAAGGGACAUGCUUCUGGUAUUGACUACUUAAAUCGAGGCCUAAUCCAUCAUGUGUCUAUCUCCUUGUGCAAUAAUACAGCUCAGAAGGGAGGGGGAGAGGAAGGCUGGUGUUGCUGUGUGGUGCUUCUUCUUAAAAAACUGCCUUCUUUUUAAGGCUUCACAUGUACAAGAAAAUAGGCUUUUCCAUAAGUGGCCUUUAUGAGAACAUGAAAGAUAAUUCAUGUUUCACAAAUGCUGACAGGGUGAUAAAAUACAAAUGAGUCGCGUUUUAAGUGAUUCAGUUAAAAGACGUGGGCUUUGAGCAUGAAUACUGGACAAGAAGGAAAUUGGGUGGUGAUGUCUUAGGUUAUUAGGCCAAUUUUGUGAGUGUCCCUUCCCUCUACCCUCUCCAACCAGAAAAAAAAAAAAAAGCUGAGGGGAUCGUUGGCAUAAAAGGGCAUUUGGUGGUUUUACUUUUUUUUUCCUUUUUUGUUGUGUUAACAGAAUAGGGAACAAUUGCUGAUAUACAUAGCAUUAAAGUACUUAUCACAAUACAAUGGAGAAUUGCAUACGAGGCAGGAUUGACCAAUAUAGUAGUAAUUGACAUGGCAUCACAGCCUUUGUGAUCGGAGUGAAAAAUCCCUUAACUUUUAUCAAAUAAAAUUUUUCUGUUUAAAUUCUUUUCGUAGUUGUUCAGAGGCAUUACUCUUCCGCAAGUAUUGGUCAAUUCUCAACAUUACAGAACAUGAGGUUCACAGUUGUAGCCCAGUAUUUUAUAUAGAAUUCUGAUCUGAAUUAGGAAAAAGUAAGUAAAAUCCAAACAUUAGAGAAACAAAGUGCAAUAUUAAAUGUUUGCUUUAUAGAUUAUAUUCUAUGGCUGUUUGUAUUUUUUUUUUUUUUUUAGGUUUGGUGCUGAAUAUGUCCUUGUAGACUCUGUUUUAAGAAAACAGUAUGUGGAAAACAAUUUAAUUUUUCCUAUUGCUUUUACUUGUGGAAAAUAAACUUUUUUUUAAAAAGA